GGUAUUCAAACAAUACAGGUCUAUUAAAGAUAUCUAGUCUAAAAAACAAAUUACUAAGCCAGUAGACGCGUCUAUAAUUUUGGUGAGGGGCCGAUUAGUGUAACAGAAAAAAAACUCACAUAUUAACGUUAGUAAGGCAGCAACGCCGGUGGACGAGUAGCUCUUCAAUUUCAAUAUGCCAGCGGACGCUGUUCUGAUGGAUAAAAUCAUCGAGGGCGAUGGAAAGACUAUUCCUCGUCCUGGUAGCAUUGUUACAUUAGACUACAUCGGUUAUCUAGAAGACAACACUAGGUUUGAUUCGACUACUACCCGCGGUCGACCUUUCGUGUUUCGCGUGGGUUGCGGUGAGGUCAUCAAAGGCUGGGAUGAGGGCAUCGUGCAGAUGUCCAAGGGAGAGCGGAGUAAACUUACGAUGCCGCCGUCUCUGGCAUACGGUGCUUCAGGAUUCCCAGGAUUGAUUCCCCCUAAUACUACAAUUGUAUUUGAAGUGACCCUUCUCGACGUAGCGUAAUCUGGUGCUAUAUGUUUAUGGAUCGUAUUCUAUAUCAGAUGUAUAUAUCUCCCUUACCUCAUUUUUCCCGCUUUGAUAUGCUGUUUGUUUGAAUGCGCAUUCCAGCACUUGUCCGAUGAUGCUGGUGGUUUUAUUCAAUCGUGUGUACUAUGCACUGUUUUCGAGUUGCUUUUGGAAAAGGGGAAAUUUUGAAGAAAACGAACAUGAGAAUGGUCUAACAUGCAACGA